AUGGCAAGAUCCAUGAUGACUGAGAAAGGUAUCCCUGUGAUUUUUUGGGCAAAAGCUGUAAGUACAGCAGUAUAUCUCCAAAAUAGAUGUUUUACAACGUCUGUGUCAAGCAAAACACCAUUUGAAGCAUUCACAGGAAGAAAGCCAGGAAUCAAGCAUCUGAAAGUGUUUGGUUGCAUCUGUUAUACACAUGUUCCAUCACCUUUGAGGCAGAAAUUUGAUGACAAGGCUAGAAAGGGAGUGUUUAUGGGUGAGGACAAGUCAUGGAAUUGGAAGAGUGAUCAAGAGGAAUCUGUUCCAAUACCUUUCAAUCUUGAAGGAGAUGAAAUUGAAGAUGAAAACAAUGAAAUACAACCUGAUGGAACUCAGUUUGAUGAUGGUGGAAGUUCUCAUCUAAACUCCACAGUUGGUGAUUUAGUUGAGAAUGUUAGUGGUAAUGGCAGUCCAAACUCCACACCUAGUUCCACUCCAGUCAAAUUAAAAACUCUGGAAGAUAUAUAUGCAAGGUGUCACAUGUGCAUCAUAGAACCAGAGAAUUAUCAAGAAGUAGCUGGUGUGAAAUGGGUGUUUAAGACUAAGCUGAACUUGGAUGGAACUGUUCAAAAACACAAAGCUAGGCUUGUAGCAAAAAGGUAUGCACAGAAACCCGAGAUUGACUACAAUGAAACCUUUGCACCAGUGGCAAGGUCUCAAGGUUUACAAGUUGAGAAAAGCCUUGUAUACAGUGAGAUUGAUGCAUAUUUAUCUAUGUGCAAGUUCAAAAGAAGCAUUAGUGAAGCUACUUUGUACACUAGAUCUGAUAAUGAAGGAGGUUUAAUCAUUGUCUCAAUCUAUGUUGAUGACAUUGUUUAUACUGGAAACAGUGAGAGGAUGCUUGCUGAGUUUAAAAGGGAGAUGAUGCAGAGAUAUGAAAUCAAGUAUGCCAAAUCCUUGCUUGUGAAGUUUGGGCUUGAAGACUGCAAACCAGUAUCCAUUCCAUUGCCUACUGGUGAGAGACUCAAGAAAGUGGAUGGGAGUGAGUUAGCUGAUGAAGGACUCUACAGGAAAAUAGUGGGAAGUCUACUAUACUUAACAACUAGACAUGAUCUAAUGUAUGCUGCCAGUUUGCUAUCAAGGUUUAUGACUAGUCCUACAAAGAAGCAUAUGGGAGUUGCAAGAAGGGUUCUAAGAUAUGUGCAAGGAACUCUUAAUUAUGGCAUUGAGUAUGUAAAGGAUAAGUUUGCAAUUCUCAUUGGAUUCUAUGAUGCAGAUUGGGCAGGCAGUGAGGAUGAUAGCAGAAGCACUUAUGGCUAUGCAUUUAGCUUUGGAAGUGGAGCAUUCUCUUGGGCCUUUGUGAAACAAAAUACAGUGGCACUAUCAACAGCUGAAGCUGAGUAUGUCUCAACAUCUGAGGCAACAGCACAGGCUAUUUGGUUAAGGUUUGUUCUUGAUGACUUUGGUGAAAUGCAAACUGAGGCAACACCCCUAUUCUGUGACAAUAUGUCAACAAUUUCUACGGCUAAGAAUCCAGUUUUUCAUCAAAGGACUAGACAUAUAAAUAGAAGGUAUCAUUUCAUAAGGGAGGCUCUACAAGAAGGGGUGGUUGACAUGAAAUUCUACAGAAGUGAAGAACAACUUGCAGAUAUUUUUACAAAAGCAUUGCCUAAAGUCAGAUUUAAUCAACUAAGGUUGAAGCUUGGAGUUAAGCCAGUAAGCAGCUUAGGAGAGGCUGUUGGGAAUUAA